CGAAGUGGUUUGUGGGUAGGUGGUGCCGGUUGCGCCUGCGCGUUAGGCCUUUGCCUGCGGGAAGAUGGUGCUCAUCAAGGAAUUCCGAGUGGUGCUGCCAUGCUCUGUGCAAGAGUAUCAAGUGGGGCAACUUUAUUCUGUGGCUGAAGCCAGUAAAAAUGAAACAGGUGGUGGUGAAGGGAUUCAAGUCUUAACAAAUGAGCCUUAUGAGAAGGAUGGUGAAAAAGGACAAUAUACCCACAAGAUUUACCACCUGAAGAGCAAAGUUCCUGGAUUUGUUCGGAUGUUUGCUCCAGAAGGCUCUCUGGUAUUUCAUGAAAAGGCCUGGAAUGCGUACCCAUACUGCAGGACAAUCGUAACAAAUGAAUAUAUGAAAGAUGAUUUCUUCAUUAAAAUUGAGACUUGGCAUAAGCCAGACUUGGGGACCUCAGAAAAUGUGCAUGAGUUGGACCCAAAUACGUGGAAGAGUGUUGAAGUUGUCCACAUUGACAUUGCAGACAGAAAUCAAGUGGAGCCAGGAGACUACAAAGCUGAUGAGGAUCCAGCAUUAUUCCAGUCAGUCAAGACCAAGAGAGGUCCUUUGGGGCCUGACUGGAAGAAAGAGCUGGCAGCUGAUGAAGACUGUCCAAAAAUGUGUGCUUACAAGCUGGUGACAAUCAAGUUUAAAUGGUGGGGAUUGCAGAACAAAAUUGAAAACUUUAUUCAGAAGCAAGAAAAGAGGAUAUUUACCAACUUCCAUCGUCAGCUUUUCUGCUGGAUUGAUAGAUGGAUUGAUCUCACGAUGGAGGAUAUCCGGCGGAUGGAGGAUGAAACGCAGAGAGAGCUGGAAGCGAUCCGUAAGAAGGGUUCUGUUCGAGGUACAUUGGCUGCCGACGUCUAGAGGAAUCCUGUGUAGGGCCAAAGGCAAAAAUCAAACUGUUUGCGUAACCAAGGCGAAGUAAGAGGAACAAGUGCUGCCAAUGAUGAAUGAAGAAAGAUCUGCCCAGUCAUGUGUGUGGCAUGUUGAUCCACCUGUGUGUGUGUGUGUGUGUGUGUAUGCACGAUUCUUUGCAUAUACAGUUGUGCAUGCAUGCACACAUAAAAGGGGUGCACAAUUGUACUGAGGGGCUGCUACAGCCUCUCCAAGGUACUGAAUCUCUUCUGGAAAGGAAGCUGCUUUCAUUGUCUAUAUCCAAAGCUAAUAAAGCUACCUAGUGUCAUUUAAGAGGAGAGAUUGCAGAGUUAUAUCAAUUGGUAUGUUUCAAGACUGUUGUUACUGGACCAAUUUAUUUCCUCAUUUAUGUCCUUUUUGAGUCUCUCACUGCUAGAAGUUGGAUCAUUUUCUCUAAUAGAAGUGGGUCAGUUAAUUCCCCAUUUUGUGUUAUCCCUUCAUAAUUUUGGAAUAGGAAAUCUGAAUGUAUUUAUAGUUAUUUAUUUCUAGUUUGUCACAUAUCUUGAAAAUCAAAUCAUAUAUUUCUUGUAGUUAGAAUCAGUUUUUGCUAUUGAGUAAAACACAAGCCAAGCUUUUAUCCAUCUGCUGCAAAUAUAUAUAUAUAUAUCAUUGGAGUUUUGUAUAUUGGAAAUCAAGUGUUUCUUCAUUAAAAUUGGCAUAAGAAGAAGAGACUGUGUCAUAAGCAUCAUGAAUGAAGAUGUUAAUGAAACUUUGUCACUGCUGUUGUUGAACUGGAAUUGGUGUGAAAGGGGAAAAACAUCCCUGAACAGUAAGCACACUGCUUUCUGAACACAUUGUAUUUCAACAUUUCAGUUGGGAAGCUAUUUAAAGGCUUGAUUCUGCACCAACUCUAUGAAGUAAAAUUGACACUGGCUCUCUUCAUAUUCAAAAAUAUCAUUCAGAGUGAUCUUUUUCAGAUAUACAGUAUAUCUGUCUGAAAGAGAAGAUCACUUUGAAGGAUGUUUUUGCGUACUAUUCAGAUUUAUUAUUUCUCUGUUAUUUGCUUGAUAUAGCAUGGGAAACUACUGUCUUAAGAUCUUACCGCAGAAAGUCCUUACUUGAAAAUGUCUUUUAAAAAAUAGAACAUAUCAUAGAUUCAGACUAUCACAGUCCUUGGUAGACCAGUAGAACCUCAAACAAAUGGAGAUGUUUGAGUUUGGCAUAUCUAUUGUGGGAGCAAAUGAACAGUGGGCUAACUUUUGUUAAUCAGCCCGACUCUGAGCUGAGAUAAAGGCAAGUCUACUCACUGUUGGGAAGCAAACAUACCACUGGAUUCAAGAAGGAGCAGUUAGAUGAGAGCAGCCCUGUGAGCUUUCCCAUACUGUAUCUUCAUCUGAAGGCUUUCACCUCAAGGCCGACCUUUCUCAGCUUAUUAUCACAAAGGGAAGCUUGUUGAUCACCAGAUUGGCUUUGUAAAUAUAUAAAUAAUGUUUUUAAGAGACUUGAUCAUAUAUGCUGUUGCUAAUUCAAAAGUCCAAGGGCUUCCUGGCUUCUUUCAGUGCAAGACUCUGCUCCUGUCAGUACCAAGGAGAGCCCCAAGCUGCAUCAUGCAUCAGUUGGGUGGGGAUUAGUCACAAGAGGGAACUUUUAGUGAAUGUAACAGUUUACUUAUGCAGUUUCUGGUCUGAACUGCAUUAAGAAUCUUUAAAUAAAUUUGCUCAUAAAAUCCU